ACCAAUACGCCACACCGCCGGAAGUAAUUCGGUGUGACACCCAGCGGAAAUAAAUAGAUAGUUACAUGUUCUACUCUAUCGUCCGGGGUCCGCUUAAAUAAUUAAAAGCAAAUAUGUCGUCCGUUCAGUAUUUAAGACACUUUGUUAACGAGAGACUCACUGCUGCCGCUGAGGAAAUAUUUGGUGUCUUCGAAAGAACGAUCGUCGAGUACCAGGAGGAGCUUCAGCGUCAGCGUCGAAUGGUGGACACCCUCAGCACCCCCCAAAUAAAGUUGCACAGGAUAGAGGUCCAACAUGAGGAAAAUGAGCAGAUUUGUACUGAGCAGAAGCUUUAUAAGCAAGAGGAGGACUCCUGUGUGGACCAAGAGCAACCAGAACCUCUGCUGGAUGUGCUCUCCAGGCAUGAAAUGGAUUUAGAAAUACAACAAGUUGAUGAGGAACCGCAGCUUCUUGCUGACCAGCAGCUUUGUUGGCAGCAGCAAAAUUCCUUUGUCGACCAAGAGGAGCCAGAGCUUCAGCGGAUUAAAGAGGAACCCGGCACCAGUCACGAGAGAGAAGAACUAGAUACUUUUUUAUCCAUUCCUGUCAUUGACGACCGUUACAAGAGCGGGGUUGCCAUCCCGUACUCGAGUCCUGUUGAAAGUCCCUCAGAGGAUGCGAAUGUACACAAUGAGAUAAACAGAAAGUCUUUCAGAUGUGACUAUUGCGGAAAAGCGUUUGGUUUCAGGUGCAAGCUGAAAAGACACAUGAUGACCCACACCGGGGUGAAGCCCUACUCCUGCAAGACGUGCGGGAAGGGAUUUAACCAGACGUCCAACCUGAAGAGACAUUUAUUGAUCCACACGGACGAGAAGCCAUACGCCUGCAAAACGUGCGGAAAGCAAUUCAGGAACUCGCACGAAGUCAUCACGCAUGCCAGAACUCACACGGGCGAGAAGCCGUACCCUUGCAACACCUGCGGUAAGAGGUUCACUCAGCUGUCAAUCCUCAAGCGACACGUCAUGGUGCACACCGGGGAAAAGCCAUUUCUCUGCAACACGUGCGGCAGAAGUUUCGGUGACUUGUCGGUGCUGAAAAGGCACGUGAUGGUGCACACGGGAGAGAAGCCGUACGUGUGCGACAUCUGCGGGAGAAGGUUCCGUGCCAACAGCAACUUGAGUAUCCACAGGAGGAGGGUGCACGCGGCGAGGACUUCUCUUCAGUAGGCCGGAUUCUUGGACGCUUGCGAUUGGAAGAACUUCUUGUUCAUUUUGAGAAAAUUACAGCAGUGAAUGCUGUUUUUGAGUUUGAUGAGUUUGGAGGUGUUUCAUCUACCUGAUAACCAAUGAAAGUCAGGCCCUGUUGCUGUGCAUCGACCAUUGAGUCGACAACGCUGUUCCCCGUCUGCUG